UGUAUAUAAACAAGUGGUUCGAUGAGAAGCUCCACAGUUACAUCGGUAACAAUUCUUCCGACUGUUAAGCCACUAUAAAACCAGAAAUGUAUAAGCUCCUGUUGAUUGCUGCCUUGAUGCCAGCUUUGGCCCUGGCACUAACUCCGGUUACCCAAUGUCCGAACGGAGCUCCUCUGCCGGCUACCGUAGAUAUCAACGGUUGCACCGACAGUCCGUGUGAGAUCGAAAACAACGCUCCCCUUGUCGCGCACGGAUGGGACAUCGUCAGCCCGGUAGACACGCCAUCCCUGACCGCCUACAUCAGCGUCCGUUUGGCAGGACUGGAAGUUCCCUUCCCGAUCCCCGAUGAACUGGUGGAUGCAUGUGAAAACGGAACCCCGGCCGGUACGUGUCCGGUAUCAGCCGGGCAGACAUUCGACUAUACUCUGGAUCACCCCGGUAUGGAACUGCCGGUUGUGGGAGUCACCGUUCAGGUUGAAGUCGGCUUGACUGCAGAAGAUGGUGCCGAUGUGACCUGUGUGGCCUUCGAUGCGCAUAUUUUGCCAUCGGGCAGUUUGGUGUAAAUGUAAUCAUAAAUAAACGUACUUUUUUGUAUGACCAUUCUAUAAAA